AUGGACUUUGUGCUUGGGGCGUGCAUCGAUCAUGGAAGCGCGGAUGCGGCGGACAAGCUCGUCUUGAAGGCUUGUGGGAGCAGCGUGGUGUCCGUCUUUACCUCUCCCAUCAACUACGUCAGUGUCAUCCAGAGGCUCGAUGUGACCCGGUUCUCUGCUAGACAGGCAACAGUCAGCUGCGAGUCCUCGCUCCCCGUCCCUCCUUCCGACCCCUGA